ACUAUCUUUGAGAAUUAUUAUGACUUUUUUGUGAAAAAACGUUCUGUAAUUAUUUGAUAAAAAAAGUGUGUGCAGUAAGUUAUUUUUUUCAUAUUUACUGUAAGGGUCCCUGAUUAGAAUAACUAUGUGUUUACGAUAAAUUUACAUCUAAUAAAAUAUUUUCUUUUGAAAACAUGUCUAAAAGAGAACAAAGUGACCGAAACGAAAGGAAGUUAGACACAAGUGAUUACGAAAAUCUUUUGACUCAACAUAGUAUUUUUGAGUCUGCUCGAAAUAAACAUCAAGAGCUCCCGAGCUUUCCAGGAUUUACUAAUGCUGAAACUCAGACCAAGUCUAGUGACUUAAAAUCGCAGCCACAGGCUGGUUUAGGUGCUUGGCAUUACAACCCUUGGUGGAUGCUGGCCAGUACGUCAAGGAACAUUCCAUCGCAAGAAGAUUUUUCAGAAAGUGGAGAAAUGGAAACAAAAGUAAAAGAAGAACCUGUUGGUGCAGGUACACCAGACAGAGAUCCAUUACAAACUGACGUUGAUCAUUUUGCCACAGGUACACCUACACCUCCCGUAGGACUAGACUCGUUCUGUGAUGACUGCUCAGAUCCAUUUUGUGAUUCCAGUGCUGCCAUCUGUAGAAAGCUGUUCCAUUGUCCUCAUUGUCGUAAGAGCUACCCAACAAUAUUGGAAUUUAACACACAUUUGACUGGUGUACAUCCAGCACAGAAACCAUUCAGAUGCCAAAUAUGUUUGGAACCUUUUUACAAGAAAUCACAAUUAAGAAGACACCUAGAUGCUCAUCAUUCUCGUAAAGAUGUAAAUAAAUGUUCUGUUUGUUCCAAAUACAUAAAAGAUAAAAGCAACCUACGUAAACACAUGCAAGUCCACACAGGGCGUGUACCACAGAAACAGUUCAAAUGUGACCUGUGUAACAACAAGCGUUACAUGUCUAUUGACAGACUUAACAAUCAUAGAGUAGUUUGUACUGGAGAAAAAACAUUGAAAUAUUGUGACAUGUGCACCAAAGUGUUUGAUAAUUCAAGGUCACUAAAUAGUCACAAGAAGGUACAUGCAAGAGAACUAAAAUGUGAAAACUGUGGGGAACAACUACGUUCUCUAGAACAAUUCACAAAUCAUAAAAUGUUGUGUCAAGGAGCAACAUCAGAUGCAGGUGGAAGCUUGGCUAGUUCAUCAAAUGUGGCUGGCACUCCUGUGAACAGAUGUUGUACCCAGCCAGGUUUGUGCGAGCAUGACAAGCCAGCUUAUCUCAAUAUACCAGGUUAUGCUGCCGGCAGGGUACUUGAUGCUACACUUUCAUCUUUAAAGUCAAAUAUGAACUGAAAACAAUCUGACAAAUCAUCCUGACAAAUAAUGUUCAAUUUUUAUAAAUUUCUUUUGACAUGAUUACCAAAUAAAAAAAACAAUGACAACAGUUAUAAUUUUACAGAAUUGAGAAUUUCACAAGACUGAUGCAAAUAUCCCGCCUCACAACUUGCUUUAUUAUUACCAUUUAAAUUUAGAUUUUAAUUUGUAGGUUAAACACAUUAGUUUUAGCAGCAUAACUGUUUAAGUGUAUUCAUAUGUAUUCUGUUUUACUGUGUACAUUUAAAAAAAAAUUGUAAAGCCAAUAUGUGGCAUUUCAUCAAAAGGUUAAUUAACCAUAGGAAGGUGUUCCGCCUGUAAUAAUAAUGUAUAUAUGACUACAUUUAAAAGUUAUUUGCUUAUCUUAAAUACAUAACUUGUUCCACAAGAACAGCUUUACUAAUUGUUAGCAACCAGACCAUACAUGCAAGGUGUAAAUUUGUGAAAUGUUACAGAUACAUAAUAUUUUUAUUUGAAUAUAAAAAUAACUUGACUGAUUUAGAGAAAUAUUUAUGUGCAGUAUUACAUCAUUUUUUAUUUUUCUAUUUUGGGAAAAUUUCUAAGAGCUACGUUAUUUUUGUAAUUCUUAGUUUUUAAUAUUCUUAGAUUUAUUUUUAGAAUAGAUGUUAUUUGGGAGUGGUUAAGGAGGCUGUACAAUGAGCAGGCUUUGUUCCCAGUGCUCUGUAGUACUAAUUACUCCAAAGAUGUUAUAGUUUCAAACAUGGUGUUACAGUGUGUUUCAAAUACUACCUAGAGACAACUUGUGUAAGAGAAAUUUAUUUGUUCUUUAUCAUUAGAACUGUAAGUAAAAUUAAAGUGCAAUGUACCAUUGGCUAAGCCUUGAUCAUGUUAAGGGAAGUGGUUAAAGGAAUUAAUUGUUGUGUACUCUUUAUCCAUAAUAUUUAUUCAAGUGUCAUACACUAAUACAUGAUUGCUGCAAUUUAUAGAAUUAUUUAUAAGUUUAACAUUUAUGAAAAUGUUAUGUGUAUUGUAUGCGUCCUUAAUAAAAAGGAUUGAGGCUAUAUUCAAUGUAUAGACCCUUAUUUUACAAUAUAUUAGCUGUUAUAUAUCUAUACUCAUUAAUGAGUAUACUAUACUUUAAUCUUUUAUUUUCAUGGGAAUUUCAACUUAGCGAAAAAUUGGAAACAAUGUUUUAUUUAUUUAUGUUUUAAUUACAAAGAAAAGUACUUUUAUUUUGAGGCUUUAUAUCAUGAAUUGUUGCUAUUUACAAAUGUUUUCUCUAAUAAUUAUUACCUAUAUUUUAUAACAAGGAUAGGUUAAGUUGUGUAUGUUAAGUUCGUACGUUUUUAUAACUUUAUAUACAUUUACAUUGGACCCAUGCUUUAAUUGCAAGUACAUAGUACCAAAUGACAAAGAUAAAGAAAAGUAUAAUUCGCAAACUAAUUAUAAAUCAGUUUUAUUUUACCAAAAAUUUGCUAGCUCAACAACAUAGAUUCAUAAUAAUGCCAUUUAGCACACACUAGGUACUACAGAAAUAUUCCAUAGGUGCCUAAGUGUCAUAUAUGACAAUAACCUGCAAAAGUCUUCAUUUGUUUAUGUAGAUAAUAUUCCAUCAAUAUUGCGAACAAUUAUUUUUGAGAACUGAUUGUACCAAAUGUUUAAAAAUUAUAAUGAGCAACAAGCAUUAUAUUGUUAACAUUUUCGAAUUGUCUAAAACAAUGUAAAUGUCUUGCCUAACAUUAUAAGUCUAUAGUUGUAAAAGGUAAUUAAAAAUGUUUGAUGUAUAUUUUCCAACAUCAUUCUCGCGAAGCUUGGUGUCGCGAAAAAAUAUUUUACUGCCUACAAUUCAGUUAUGGGGAUCUUGGGAACGUAAUUUCAACUUCGACGUUACACCAACGCAGUGGAAUUUUGCGAUAUUCUCAAUAUUCUUAACUAAAACUUUUCUGAAAGCCAAAAACAAACAAGAAAUUUUAUUACAAAACGAACAUAAAUUGAACACCUUGUCCAAAGGCAAUGGACGUGAUAUAUAUUAACAGCAUUAGAAAUUAUCAUUUAUCGGACAAUUCUGUUUCGCUCUGUUUGUUCAACUACUUUAUAUAAAGCAAUUUCGCUUCUACACCAGUGAAUCAACCCCAAUAUUUAAUUUCUGAUUGCGUACAAUCAAUCAAAAAGCAGUUUCAUUCUCAUGUUACUGCACCACCACCGACUUCUCCAAUAUAAUUUUGUGACCCCAGCGUCGCAGUGUUAAUUCAAAAUGUACCUACUACUAAAACUAUAGCAUCGUAGAUUAGCAUGGUGUUUAAAUUGUAAUGCACCUAGGUUAAGGAAAAAUGUGUUCAUAUGAAUUUAGUUAUACAUAGAAUAUACUUUAUCUUAGUGCUGUAGACUGUAAAACAGUAAUUUUGCUGUUAUUCGAAAUUUAUUUUUUCCACCGAAAUUGUUAUAAGAAAUCAUAUUUUGAGAGCCAAAUUUAAUCAAGUUUUAUAGCUAUCAAUCAUGUAGGUACACUAAGUUUAUUGUGGGCAGUUAUAUAACGUGUGCUACCUCCGUUUUCCAAUAUUAUUUCAGGAGAGUAGACUUACGCCACUUGUUUCUAUAAGAGUGUAUGGAUUAAAAUCAUUAGCGUUGCCAAACUAUCGAUAGUGAAAGUAUAUCGAUAGUUGACCUCUGUUAUCAUCUUCAGUAUAUAAUAAAAUCGAUAGCAUUUUGGUGUAAUAGCAUCAAAAACUUAAAUACUAUCAAUCUCAUUAAGGUUGAUAGUAUUGAUUUAACUAUCGAUAGUGCUUUCGAUAUUGAGAUCCAAUAAUAUCGAUAGUAUUGAUGAGAGUCAAUAAAUAUUGACGGUAACUGAGCUAUCGAUACUAUUGCAUUUACUUAACUAUCGAUCGGCAACGCUAGGUACUUACCAUCACAUAAUGAAUAGGUACCGCAUGCAAUAAUUUGAACAUGUUUACGUCGGCGACGUAGAUAUUAGCUACCAAGCUAAAGUAUUAUGAUUACCUAUGAUACAAGAGAAAUAGAUAUACCUACCGUAACAUUAUCACCAAUAAAUCAGGUUCUUUUCUGUUA